CUUCCCAGCUCUGGUACAAUACUCACCUAAAGCUGAUGGGUCUAUGUACACUGGAAGAGGCGGGGCUCCUGGGUACUACAGCAUCAGAGAUAGGAAUUGCUUAUGUAACUGGUACAGCAGAUUUAGCAGAAGGAGAGGAGGCAGAGGCUGGGGAUGGGAGCAAUGAGCUGUCGGCAGGGGCAACACACCCGGGUAUCUGCUCCUCAGAAGGUAGGGUAUGGGGCUCUUGCUGCCUAUGAGUGGGAAGUGAAUGAGUUAUGGGCCUGAGGCCAGAAAGUGCCUAGUUAGGAGCCUGUCAGUGAUAGCCAGUGUGGGGGUCUGGGCAUAGAGGCUAUUAUGUGAAUAGCCCCACUCAGGCACAGAUUGUAUUCCUGGUUUGUCAUAGGGAAAACAAAACUGUUACUGUCAUCAAGAUUUUGAAUUACGUUGAGGAAAUCUAGGUCACAUCACAAGGCCUGGGAAUUUUCCUUCCCUCUAGAGCAGUGGUUAAGACCCUUUGGGGUAGAACAGCCCUUUCCUUGAGGUCACAUUAGAUAAUCUGCAUUUCAGAUAUUUGGAUUACAACCUAUAAUAGUAGCAAUAUUACACUUGUUAAAUAGCAGUGAAAAUAAUUUUAUGGUUGGGAAUCACUAUAACAUGAGGAACUGUAUUAAGGGUUGUAGCAUUAGGAAAAUUGAACCACUGCUUUAGAGGUUAAGUCUUCAGAAGGAGUACCUGUUAAGAUGGGUAGAACCUGCAGUGCCUCAUGAGCAGGCUUAGAAUGGUUCCCUUCUCAGCAGGGUGGCAACAUCCAGGGUCCCUGGGCCCGAGGCUGGAAGAGCCUCUUCUGUGGUAUGGGGGCCAUCAGGUCAGGUCUGGAAGAACUAAGGGGACUACAGAGGCAUCAGUGCCUACAUCAGGAGCCCCUCCAGCCAGCCCCACUGCAACUAGAGAAGCCUCUGUCCGAGUGGCCAUUGCCUCAGUUCAUCAGCCUCUUCCUACCAGAGUUUCCCAUGAGGCCUGUUAGGGGGCAGCAGACGCUGCAGAUUUUAGGCCUUGUGGCUAAAGGGUCUUUUGGAACUGUCCUGAAAGUGCUAGAUUGUGCCCAAAAAGCUGUAUUUGCAGUGAAGCGACAGAUCAACCAUCCUUUUGUACACAGCUUGGGGGACAGCUGGCAGGGGAAGCGACACCUCUUCAUUAUGUGUAGCUACUGCAGCAUGAAUCUCUACACCCUGUGGUCUGCUGUUGGUGGUUUUCCAGAGGCUUCUAUCCGUCUCUUUGCUGCUGAACUGGUCCUUGUGCUGUGCUAUCUCCAUGACUUGGGUAUCAUCCAUCGGGAUGUAAAGAUGGAGAAUAUCCUUCUGGAUGAGCGAGGCCACCUGAAACUGACAGACUUUGGUCUGUCUCGUCGCCUGUCCCAGGGAGCACGAGCCUACACUAUCUGUGGCACUCUUCAGUACAUGGCCCCAGAGGUCCUAAGUGGUGGGCCUUACAACCACACUGCUGACUGGUGGUCCCUGGGAGUGUUGCUUUUCUGUCUGGCAACUGGUAAGUUCCCAGUGGCUGCAGAGAGAGAUCAUAUGGCCAUGUUGGAAAGUGUGACCCACUGUAAAUCUGAGAUGCCAGCUUCUGCCACUCAGGAGUUCUCACUUCUGCUCCAUGAGCUCUUAUGCCAGAACCCUCUGCACCGUCUACGUCAUCUGCAUCACUUCCAGGGCCACCCUUUCUUUCGGGGUGUGGCCUUUGACCCUGAGCUCCUAAAGAAGCAGCCAGUGAACCUUGUCAUGGAGACACAAGAUACCAGUCCAUUGGAGUCCAUGCCCUUCAAGGACUUUGACUGUGACCUGGAGCCCUUGGUCCACUCCAUCUCUGCUGAUUCUCUACUGUAGAUUGGGGGCCAGCUGGAAACCUGAGGAUUUUUACUACCAACUCAGUAUGACCACCUUGAGGAUCCAGUUUUUUCUUUGUUGUCCCUUACUAUUCUAUUGUAGGUAUUGGGCCAGAGUUUAGAUCUUUGGCAUUCUGCAGCUGAUAGCCAAACUGUCCCUAAUACUUUCCUAUCAUCAGCUCACCUCUCGAUCGCAGGCCAAGACGGUGAUCUUUAUUGCACUUCUCCAGUACUUUCCUUAAGCUGCCAAACAAAGGCUUCUUUUACUUUACCAUCUCCAUGUUUUUCUGCGAUACUUCCUUUCUUGGGCAAUAAUGACACUUUGUGAGAUCCUGAGGUGCUAUUUAUAUGUUUAACAAACUAGUCAGAAGCAACGUGAAUGUUUUUUACAGAUUGCAAAAACUGGCAUUUCAACACCUGAAUAAAUUUGCAGUUAAAAAUA